UUUCUUUGCUGUUCCAACACAUUUCUAUAGAAAGAAUGAUAGGGGCGAUUGGGGUUUUGGUCAUCUCUUCGACACACAUGGGUAGUUUGAGCGAGGAAGUGGAGGUCUAGGGUUUCACUUCGAUCUCUAUUUUUAUUGUUUUUCAACACAGUCGCAGAGUGAGAAAGAAGACGACGAUUUAUGACGUGAAAUUAAUUGAUGGAAGAAGAUGAUUUUGUUGCAGUAAGACCAAUUGUUCCAAAUCACAUGCAUAAAUUAAGAUGAUUUAGCAGAGAAGAAAGAGCCCAAGUGAUUAAAGCAGGAAGAUCAACCAUCUAACCAUGGCUUCAAUCUUGAAUCAGGAGGGAUCUUCAAAGAAAGUGCAAAAAAUUCUCAAGAAGGUAGACAGGAUCAGCAGCUUGCCAGACUCGCUUCUUGUUCACAUUCUCUCUUUCCUUCCAACAAAAUACUCAGUCAGAGCCAGCAUACUGUCAUCAAGAUGGAAGCACCUCUGGGCUUCUGUUCCCACUCUAGACUUCGAUGUCGACUUGCCAUUUGGAGAACCAUAUUCAGAUAUGAACUUUGUUGAUAGAGUGCUUUUGAAUCAUGAAUUGUCUUGUAUUCAGAAGUUCCGUUUGAACUGUAAAGAAGAAAACGAUUUAUCAAGAGUGUAUACAUGGAUAGGUGUAGCCAUAAAACGUGGUGUUCAAGAACUUGAAAUCGAUAUUAACCAAGGCGAAUGGGAUUUUAGCUGCCCUUUAAGCCUCUUCACUUGCCCAACAUUGGUAGUCUUAAAAUUGAGAUAUGGACUAACUUUAAGUACUGUUCCUCGCUCAGUCCAUUUUAAAAGUCUCAGGGUUCUACAUGUUUCAUUUAAUUUUCCAGACAAUGGAUUGACACAAAACCUUUUCUGGAAUUGCCCCGUUCUUGAAGAUCUAUUAAUUGAAGGAAAUGGUCACAGUAACGAGGAAGUAAAUUUUGAUCUCUCAACGCCCGCGCCUUUGAAGAGUUGUAAGUUAGAUUUGGACCUUGUUGAAGGAAUUUUUGAAUAUAAUGGCAACGAAACUGUGAUCAAUGCACCGACUCUUGAGUAUCUUACUCUCCAAGAAGAUUACUUGCCUUACUAUGUGCUAGAGAACCUUGUCUCAUUGGUUAAAGCAGAUAUCAAUGUUGGACACUGCUGUAUAAAAACCAAGUCAACCAAACAACAUGCUGAUCGUGUACUUGUGAUUCUCAGGGAAAUUCAUACUGUCAAAUAUCUAUCUUUAGGCCCUAGUACCAUGGGGGCUCUUGACUAUGCUGAGGACAAUGAGCUGCUUUUAUUCACUAAUUUGAUUCGUUUGGAGCUGCAUGUUAAAUAUUGCUAUGGCUGGAAACGUCUACUACACUUGCUCAAUAGCAUGCCUAUCUUGGUACAUCUUGAUUUGAAGAAAUUUAAGUGUUGGCGACGUGAUGAAGAUAAUGCUUUUGAGGAUAUCAAUUUUGUUGAACAAGAAGUGCCUUGUUGUCUGUUGAUGCAUCUUCAAGAAAUUGAAAUUACUGGAUUUCGGGGGCUGAACGAUGAGCUGAGGCUGAUCCAGUACUUUUUGAAAAAUGGCAGAGUACUGCAUAAGAUGGCAAUUAAUUCUUGUGAUUCAGAAGGAAAACGAGAGAGAGAUUUUCUCAAGAAACUGCUAAAGUUUCCUAGAGGUUCAGUAAACUGUGAAAUUUUAUUUUCUGAAGAACUCUCCAUGUCAUGAAAUCGAGUGUGCUCUACCAAUAUUUGUAUAUGUUUUGUUAUUUCUGUAUUGAAAGUCUGAAGUUGUUCUUGUUACAUUUGUUCACGACGGACAGGACAGUUACUGAUUUUCCUUUUAAAUUCCUAUUUGAGCCUCUAUACAGAGAUGGAAUAUGUAAUUUUGGAUCACUUUUGUCAACAAUUAUACUGUCCUGCUUCAGAUUCAUGCGAUUUAUAUGAAAAUUGAUCCAACCUACA